GUCUGCGAGGCUGCACGUGCUGCAGAGCGGUGUGGACAAGAUGGCGGCUGCGGAAGGGCCGACGGGAGCCGCCUCCGUUGCGAUGGCUGGCGUGGGUUCCUUGAUGGCUCGGCUUCCCGCAGCCUCCUCUUUAUCUCCCUCUUAUCAGCUUCCCAGGCGGAAGAGCCGGCAUUGGGGCCCCACGGAGGUCCUGUGCAGCGGGUGUGGAAGGAGCUCCGUGGCCACGGCGGGUCAUCAUCAUGAGCUUCACUGUGGACAUGCUUAUUGUGAAUUGUGCUUGUCAGUAACUGAAGAAUAUAGCACAGUUGUAUGUCCUGAUUGUGAGGCUAUUACAACUAUAAAUAGAAGACAAGGAUACUACCCUUUAGAUGGGUAUAUUGAAGAAGAUGCUUGUGAGGAAAAGUUUCAGCCUAAAAAGAUAAAGAAUUGUUCUCAGGAUUUCAAGAAGACGGUUGGUCAGCAGAUUGUUGGUUUAGAAAAUUCAUCCACUCUCCACAGUCCUAUUCUGAACCCAUCGGCAGUUGUGACAGAAACUAAAACAACACAAGAAAUAGAUGAAGCUUUGAAGAUAGCUGGUUAUAAUUUUGAACAAUUAAGUGCCACAGAAAAGAUGCUAGAAUGCCUAGAAAACCAAACAAAACAAGAAACAGACUGCAUUCUAGAGGUUCUUGAGGAAAAAUUUCAUCAGCUUUUUACUUCACUCAAGUCGAGGAAAAGAUGUCUGUAUGAAGAAGUUGUAAGAAAUACAGAGGACUAUUUAGGUGAUAUCAUAACGGCCAAAAAAUACAUUGAAGGGAAAAAAAAUGAUCUGGAUGCAGCUAUGAGAAUAGCAAGAGAAUUGAAAAUGGCACCUUCCCUAAGAAAAUAUUGUGACUUGAAUCAGAUAAUCCGCACUUUGAAGUUGGCAUUUGAGAGUGAAUUGUCAAAAGUGAGUUCUCUGAAAUUCAGAAGCUUUCUCAGGUUGAAAAUGAAUUGUAAUGAAAUUAUCUGUAUGUUUAAAAAUAUGGGGAAGAUUGAAUUUGAAGAAACUUCAAAAUUUCGUUCUGAAGUCAGUGAAGGUGCUGGACAGAAUGUUCAUAAGCAUACUAAUAAGAAGGAAUUUUCAAAUUGUGAUGCAUACCUGUCUGUAGAAAAGAAUAAGUUUGAAAUUGCUGCAAUAGAUGACAAGGCCCAGCCCCUUGUACAGCAUGAAACUGGUGAUUCACAUUUAGAAGUAAAGAGUACCCAGCACCAAGAUGAGAGCGUGUCCGUGUCCUCCUCUAAAACUGUUGCUGUUUUACCACAAAUGGGAUCUAGCCCUGAUGUGAUCAUAGAAGAAAUUAUUGAAGAAGAUCAAGAAACAUAUUUCAUAGAACAUAUUAUGGAGGUUCCUAGACAUCAAAAAAAGCCUUUGCAGAAAAAGUCGGUACCUUUUGGACUGAAAGCAGGUUCUCUAGAGCUAGUUUUUGUGAGCCAUGUAAUACAUCCUUGCCACUUUUAUAUUCGGAAGUAUUCACAAAGAAAAAAUGCAACAUUAUUGGAAAAGAAGUUGAAUCGUUUUUGCAACAAGAGUCUGUACCUCAGUCCUUCAGAUAUUUUGGAGCUAGGUGCAAAGAUAUUUGUCAACAGUAUAGAAAAUGGAAUGUGGUGCCGUGGAACUAUCACUGAACUAAUUCCUGUUGAAAGUAAAAAUGUAGGGAAGCCCUGUGGUCCUACCAAAUAUCCAAUCCGUGAUGUUGCACUGAUGCAAAUUUUCAUGAUAGACUUUGGGAAUUCUGAAGUCUUAGCUGUUUCAGGGAUUGGUGAUGGCCACAUAGUUAGACCAGGAUUCAGUACUCUGCCACAUUUAGUGGUAAAUGAUCUAUGUAUGGUUAUAAGAAAGCCUGAUUCAUAUAUUGAAGGAAUGCUAGGAGAUCUCCAUCCAUUAGCAUUGUCAUGUGCAUUAAAGGAUAUUGUUCCACAAAAUUCGAGUGAAGGCUGGGGAGAAGAAGCUAAAAUGGAAUUUUUAAAAAUGGUAAACAACAAAGCUGUUCUGAUGAAAGUCUUUAGAGAAGAAGAUGGUGUGCUUAUUGUAGAUCUCAAGAAACCUCCGGCAAAUAAAAUAAGCAGUGAUAUGCCAGUAUCUCUUAGAGAUGCAUUAGUUUUUAUGGAAUUAGCAAGGUUUACACAGUCGCCCAGUAUUCCACCCGAACAGAAUAUGACCUUAAGAUACCAUUCACCUGUAUUACCAAAAGAAUUGUCAAAUGUGUCAGUCGUGGUUUGUCACAUAAAUAAUCCUUCUGAUUUUUAUCUUCAGUUGAUAGAAAGCCUUGACUUUUUAGUUCUCCUGAAGAAAAUUGAAGAAGUCUAUAAAAAUGAAGAUGGAGAAAAUCUGGAGAUCCUUUGUCCAGUUCCAGGUCAAGCCUGCAUAGCUAAAUUUGAAGAUGGAGUCUGGUACCGGGCACAAGUCAUUGGUUUACCAGGACAUCAAGAAGUUGAAGUUAAAUAUGUUGACUUUGGUAAUGCUGCAACAGUAACACUUAAGGAGAUGCGUAAAGUAAAGGAUGAAUUUUUGAAUCCCCCAGAAAAGGCAAUUAAAUGCAAAUUGGCACAUAUUGAACCUUCAAAAAAAAACAAGCAGUGGUCUAAAGAAGCAAAUGGAAAGUUUGAAGAAAUGACUCAUGAUAAAUUUAUGACAUGUUCAGUCAUCAAAAUUUUGGAAGACAAUGUACUAUCUGUCGAGCUAUUUGAUUCUAUCAGUGCUCCUGGAAUGAUACCAAACAGUGUUAAUAACCAGCUAGUUAAGGAAGGUUUAGCGUCUUAUGAGUUAGGAUAUACCAUAAAAGAUAAUUGUAAAAAGUAUGAUGAAGUAUGGGAUCCUUCUCCUGAAGAAAUAAUUUCAACUGAAACAAACACCUCAGAUUCUGUGGUUACAAAAUGUCUGGAGGAGCAGGAUUUACAGUUACUUCAUAACAAAGAAAUUCCUGUGCAGAUCUCUAAUGUCGUGUCUCCUGAGAAGAUUUAUGUGCGACAGCUGUCAACAGAAACCUUACUUAACAGUUUACAGGAAAAGAUGGCAACAGCUUAUGAAAACUCAAAAUGUGAACCAGUUACAUGGGAAAUUAAUAUGUAUUGUGCUGUUCAGAUGGCUGAGCUAAAACAGUGGCGAAGGGGCCAGAUCGUCAAGAUAAUUUCUGCAACAUUGCUUGAGGUCAUGCUUUAUGACUUCGGUAUUAAAGUAACAGUAAAUGUGGACUGUCUAAGAAAACUUGAAGAAAAUCUGAAGACAGCAAGAAGAUUAGCUUUGGAAUGUUCUCUUGUUGAUAUAAGUCCAACUGGUGGAAGUGACAAAUGGACAGCAACAGCUUGUGACUGUCUUUCAUUUUACCUCACUGGAGCUGUAGCAUCUAUAAUCAUUCAGGAAAACCACACAGCAUGGCCACUGCCUGUGAAAAUUCUAUGCAGAGAUGAAAAAGGACAAUGUAUUGAUAUUUCUGAUUAUCUGAUUAAAAAGGGUUUGGCUUUGAGGGAAAGAAGAAUUGACAAAAUUGAUAAAAGUGAUUCAGCCUCUGAGAAGAGUCUUGACAACCCUAUGGAACAAGAGAGUCUGGGAGUGGCUAAGUAUAGCACAUCUCAUUUUGAACCCACCAAAGUUAAUGCUGUUAUCAGUGAACAUAAGGUGCCUGGCAUAAAAAAGACAGUGCUUGACCCAAGAAUUGGAGGAUGUUACAAACCACCAGUUAUUCCUAACAUGAAAGUGUUUGAGGCAAUAGUAAGCUGCAUUGGUGAUGAUGGAACUAUAUACGUGGUACCAAAAUUGUCAGAACUUGAGCUCAGAAAUUUGAUGGAUGAAAUUCAAAGUAACUUUAAGUGUCUUGGUCUUUUGGAGCCAUAUUGCUGGAAAAAAGGAGAAGCUUGUGCAGUAAGGGGGUCAGAUACUGUGUGGUAUCGAGGUAAAGUUAUGGAAGUUGUUGGUGGAACUAUCAGGGUACAAUAUUUAGACCAUGGAUAUACUGAGAAGAUCCCACAGUGUCAUCUUUACCCAAUUGUAUUAUAUGCCGAUAGACCCCAGUUUUGUAUUCCAUGUCAGUUGUAUGAUACCGUGCCUGUUGGAUAUUCCUGGCAGCCAGAUGCAGUAGAACUCCUUCAAGAACUGUUACCAAAGAGAGAGGUGGAAAUUCAUAACAUGGAAUUACCCAAAAAUCCAUGGGGAAAAUUAUCUGUUCAUCUCUAUUUUGAUGGAAUGUCGCUUUCUUAUUUUAUGGCACACCAUAAACAUUGUACAUCUGAAGGUUCUGAGGAAAUACUGAAAGAGAAGCCAAAGGAUCACAGUGAAAAGUAUGAAGAAGAAAAUUGGGAAAUAAAUUUCAAGGAAUUGCUUCUGUCUGAUACAGAGACUCCUGUCUUACCACCAUAUUUAUCACCAUCUCUACCUCCUCCAGGAGAACUUUAUCCUGUCCAAGUGAAGCAUGUUGUUUCACCUAAUGAGGUAUAUAUCUGCCUUGAUCUAAUAGAAAACUUCAACCAUCAAAAUAACACAGUUGAUACUGGAGUUAGCUGGGAGUCUGAACCAAAGAGCCUAGAUGAAGUACUACAGAGUUGUAAUCAGAAUAUGGAUUCUCUCCCGUCAUUGACAGACUUUAGAUCAGAAAUGCCUUGUCUUGCAGAAUAUAAUGAUGGUUUAUGGUAUCGAGCAAAGAUUCUUUCCAUCAAAGAAUUUGAUCCCCUUGCUAUCCUGGUACAAUUUGUUGACUAUGGGUCAACUGAAAAAUUGCCAACAAGCAGACUGCGUCAGAUUCCUCUCCACCUGAUGAAAUAUCCUGCUCGGGCUGUAAAAGUUCUUUUGGCUGGAUUUAAACCUCCAUUAAAAGAUUCAGAAAAGACAAGAAUUCCAUAUUGCCCAAAGUGGAGCAUGGAAGCCAUGUGGGCUAUGAUAGACUGUCUUCAAGGAAAACAGCUUUAUGCAUCUUCACUGACUCAGUCACCAGAAUAUAUAGUGACUUUAUAUGAAGAUGAACAAUGUCCAGUUCAUAUGUCAUUGAUAGAAAUGGGACUUGCAGAUUUAGAUGAAUGACGUAUAUUCUGUAUCAUGCUGAGCACAUGUGACAGCCCAGAAGAAACAUUUUAGUUCUGUUUAGAGUAGUUCCGGCUUAUUUUUGUUUAGUUUUUCAACAUGAUAAUUUUCACAUACUGUCCUCUGUGUUGGAUUGUUAGCAGUUCUCUUUAAAAUUACUAAAGAAUAUACUUAAUAAAUGUUAUGAGUCUUCAGAA